AUGUUGCGCUACGGUCUGGUGCUGCUGCUCGCCUUUUCGACGGCUUUUUCCCUACAAUGCUUCACGUGCGACGAGGAGACGUGCUCGGCAGAAGAUCGCGUUGAGGGCUGUGACCCGUCCACCAAAUGCUAUACGCUGACCACGAAGGAUGGGCUUGUGAUUCGCAAGGGUUGCACAACCGAUUGCAGCCGAGAGGCGUCGUCUGCUGGCGGCCUAGCCUGCUCGACGUGUGAUGGAGAAUUGUGUAACCGCGCUCGUAACGAGCAGCGCACACAAAUCGGUGGUGGCGCCGAGCCGGCUCCUCCAGUCCCAUCGAUCGGUGGCGGAGCCGUUCCAACGCCCAAAUCGGCUUCUCAAACUUCGUUGGCUCUGCUGAUGGGCGCCGUCAUUGCUCGGAUCUUC